AUGUCAACACUCACGUCCUACGCGACCUUGGCUGCAUACCUUCUGGGUCCCUUGAUGUUUCUCGUUCUAGCUUACCGCUUGAUCACCGAUCCUCUGAAGCAAUACCCCGGACCAACUCUGGCCCGGUUUACUGAUGGCUAUGUCGGCUUCCAUGCUGUGCAAAAGCGGCUUCAUAUUGCCACAUAUGAGGACCACCUGAAAUACGGUACCGUUGUAAGGCAGGCGCCCAAUCGGCUCGUCUUCAACACGGUUACAGCUCUGCAUGACAUCUAUCUCAACUCCCGAGUAACCAAGAGCAAGGUGUACCUGCAAUCUCUGCUGAGCUCUAAUCAGCCCAGCAUGUUCAACGCCCUGGACAGGACGGUCCACAGCCAGAAGCGACGAGCCGUAGGACAACUCAUCACCGAGCGCUCUAUGCGCUCCUUUGAGCCCACCAUGACGUCGCAAAUCCGUGUGUUCAUGCAGCAGCAGCUUGCAUCUAGUCAGAAAGCUGAGGUCGUCAAUAUGACGAGACGAUGUCAGCGACUCGCCGCCGACAUCGUGGGACACCUCGCCUUUGGGUACGAGUUUAAUACGCAGACUGCAGACACGAACGCCAUCAUCCCCGCUUCCAUGAAAUGGAACAGCUACCGCAUCAGCGUGUACAUGGCCUGGCCGUUCAUCCGAGUCGUGGACCCCGUCGUGCGCUGGUUCGGCCGGAAGCAGAUCCCCGAGUUCUUCCAGACGCUGCGAAAGAUGAUCGGCACACGCAUGAGCAAGCGCAAAGAUGCGGCCCACGACAUCUACGACGUUGCGUCCGAGGAAGUCACGGACACUACCAGCGGCGAAAAGACAGCAGGGCUCCAGGGCUCCGACCUAUGGUCCGAAGCCUCCUUCUUGGUCAUGGCAGGCGGGACCACCGUGUCUACCCUCAUGAGCUCCGUCUUCUUCUACCUGUCGCGCCACCCCCAGGUUUACGCGCGCCUAGCCUCCGAGAUCCGGGCUGUCUUCUCAUCUGGCGGGGAGAUCGCCGGUGGUGCCCAGCUCAGCUCCUGCAAGUACCUCCGCGCCGUGAUCGACGAGACGCUGCGCGUCGCGCCCCCUACUACGGCCACGCCUUGGCGUGAGGAGGACGUCUAUUCGGCCGCGCUGCCGCCGUCAGACGAGCCGUUCGUCGUGGACGGCCACCUGAUUCCGCGAGGUACUGCAGUGGGAGUUUCCCUAUACAGCGUUCUGCAUAAUCCGGCGUACUUCCAAGAGCCGUUUGCCUUUCAGCCUGAGCGAUGGCUGGCGCCAGAAGGCGGCAAGGAGGACAAGGACAGCGAGGAGGCGCGGGCUCUCAUGCGCCGCGCCUUCGCGCCCUUCGCGCUGGGCGAUCGCGCAUGUGCGGGAAAGGCGAUGGCGUAUCUGGAGACGAGCCUAACGGUUGCGAAGACCCUGUGGUACUUCGAUUUCAAGACCGCACCGGGGGCCGCUGGCAAAGUGGGAGGAGGGACCCCUGGCAGGACGGAUGGGCGGCAUCGGGCGGAUGAGUAUCAGCUGUAUGAUAUCUUCACGGCGGACCAUGAUGGGCCCAAUCUGGUAUUCAGACCUCGCGGGGAAUUCUGGAAGGAGCUCGAGUGA